CGCUUACGUGCAAAUUAGUUAACAGAAGAUGGCGGAACCAGUCACAUUUCAAGAACAACAAGAGGGUACAUCUUCCACUACUGUCACUGUACUCGAGAAUGACGAAAGAGAACAGGAAAUACCUAGGGUAAGACUUAAAUUAAGAAAACCGAGGACUGAUAGAAAAGUUCAGUGGAGCACAGAAACUGUUGAUAAUGAAAAUAUGAAUAAAAAGAAAUCAAAAUGUUGUUGUAUAUACGACAAGCCAAAAAAAUUUGGAGAAAGCAGUUCUGAUGAAAACUCGGAUGAUGACGAAUGUGACCAUUGCCAUGGACAUGUAGAAAGGAAAAAGAAGAAACAAGUGCCAACGACUGGCGAUAGUAUCGACAGCGGCGGGGGAACGGUUCCUGGAGAUACUGAACUUAGUCAAUAACUUCAUGUUUCAGAGUUAACAUCUAUAAGGACAUAUCUCAUGUCUGGCACACCCGAUAAAUGUGAAAUGACCCAGAGAAAUGUUUGUCAGAACUUAUCCAUAUAUAUUUAGAAGAUAUAAUAACCUAUCAACUACAUUUAUCCAAAUACUUUUGAUCAUUCAACUUUAUUCCUGAAAUUUAUAAUGUUUACUUGAAAUGUUGAAUGUUUACACAUACAAGUUUAAAAACAAAGGGUUAAAAGUACAUGUGAUCAUAUAUUUAUUGUUAAAUAUAUAUAAUAUAUUAAUAUGUAAUAAAUUACAGUACAUUAAGCAAUGAUAAUUUGAAAACAAAACCAAAUUU